UUGAAAAGCAUAAACCCUGAGGAGACAGCACCCUCAAUGCGACUGUUGGCCUAUGCGUUCAUGACACUGGUUAUCAUACUGCUGCAUGUGUUCUGGGGCAUUGUGUUUUUUGAUGGCUGUGAGAAGAAAAAGUGGUAUGUCCUCCUUACAGUUCUCCUAACUCACCUGCUGGUGUCCACCCAGACCUUCAUAAAUCCUUAUUAUGGACUAAAUCUGGUAUCAGCAUAUAUAAUCAUGGUGCUCAUGGGCAUCUGGGCGUUUUUUGUUGCUGGAGGUAGCUGCCGAAGCCUGAAACUCUGCCUGCUCUGCCAAGACAAGGACUUUCUUCUUUACAACCAGCGCUCCAGAUAACCUCUGACAGUCGGCACCUCCAGACAGCAGCCGGUGCCUUUAGAGGAAGCACAA